CUCCUCGUCGCCGUGCCGGUGGAGCUGCUGACCGCGCUCUGCCUGCGCCACAGCCGCGAGGGCCGCCUCCUCGCCUUCGCCUCCUACCUGCUGCCCUGUGCUCACGUGCUCCUCCUCCUCGUCAUCUCGGAAUGCCAUUCUUGGAAGUUAAAUCUUGGAGUAGCUAGCAUUUCUUCUUUAAGGAAAUGAAGCCAGUGGUUAUCAUGUCUUUGGCGCGCAACUUAGUUUGCUGUCUCUGGAGCUGUAGCCAGUGCUGAUGUAUAGCUCAAGAUGUCUCACAGAAUAUGCAGAGCAAGACGUGCUCUGUUUUCUCUGUUUUUUGGAAAGGUGUACUCUGUGUUUUUGCUCAGCGCAGCCACAAUUUCCACGUGGUCAGCACCAAUGUCUUGCCGAAGCAGCGCUCAGCGUGUCAGGUCGGCUUCCCGCAGUACGGCUUCUCCCACACAGUGGUGGAGAUCCUGCAGUCACUUGACGUGCUCACCAAUGAGGUGCUACACCAGGAGCUCAAGGAGUACUCCAGCUGGCCCACCUUCCCGCAGCACUACGUUGACGGUGAGUUCUUCUGCGGGACGACAUCACGGUCGGGUUUAUUGAAUAGUCCAUGCCCAAGAACUCAGCCAAAACUGUUAGGACUUGCGAGUGCACUUUCUUAUUUAGAGGUUCUGGUCAGCUUUAGAGACAGAAGAUUAAGAUGUUAUGGCUCAGCGCCAACAACAUAUCAGAUGAUCAUGAUGCUCAUGCUAUCUGAAGUCCUCGACCAACUUUGCUAUGUACUCAUUAGUAACACAAACCACUGUUUGGUUCAUGAACCCAAGUGUGCUGCAGCACCUUACACCUACAGGAUAGGUUAUGGUGUCUCACAGAAUACAGACAGCAAGAUGUGCUCUGCUUUCUUGAUUAACGCGGCCACAGUUUCCAGGUGGUCUGCAAUGACGUCUUGCCAAAGCAGCGCUCAACGUUUCUGGUCGGCUACCCGCAGUGUGGCUUCUCCCACAUGGUGGUGCAGGUUCUGUGGUCGCUCGAUGUGCCCUUCGAAACGCUCAAUGUGCUCGCCGACGAGGCGCUCCAGCAGUGGCUCAAUGAGUACUCAAGCUGGCUCACCUCCCCGCAGCUCUACAUCGACUUCCAGUUCUUCAAAGGGUGUGACAUCACAGUUGGUAUGUAUAUAUGAGGAUUGCUCUCUGGUCUCUGCCUUCCCUUGUCCCACGAUUAUGGCCCAGAACUUUGAGACUAUCUGUUGCAGUACGCGCACAUGGUAGCGGAGGCAUGGUGCAUUCUUCUUGUACCUGAAUGUGUCUGGCAGUGUCAAAUGUUUAAUGGUUUAUUUCUUCACAUUCAGUAGGAUUGGAGUGCACAUGGCACUCUGUACCGAUGGAAUAUAUGCUCUCUGCCUUUCCUUUUCCCAUGAUUAUGAUUACAGUUCAAAAUUUGAGUCUGCUAUAGUAGUACUGUACACACCGAUGUUAUUUAGGAAUUGUUCUGUGAGAAACCUGUUCUGUGGUGCAUCAGAGCAUACCAAUUCAUUCGA